AGCACGAUCCCAGAGUCCUCAAGUCCUCGGCUCUACAUUCUACAUUCACUUGGGCUCCGCACACACUCUACACUCCGCUUUAAGCCUCCAGGCCAGCAGAGGACGCACUCCCAGCCCGGGAAGGAGAAACGGAAGGGGCGGGAUCUGCGUGUGACGCAGGGGGAGGCGGGACCGCAGCACGCCGGCGUAAGGGUGCCGUCGCGCGAUAUCUGCGCCUGCGCGAACGGGAGCGGUCUUUUCCUACCAGCAGACAAGAUGGCGGAAGUGGAGCAGAAGAAGAAGCGAACCUUCCGGAAGUUCACCUACCGCGGCGUGGACCUGGAUCAGCUGCUGGACAUGUCCUAUGAACAACUCAUGCAGUUGUACAGUGCUCGACAGCGUCGGCGACUCAACCGGGGUCUGCGGCGCAAGCAGCACUCCCUCCUGAAGCGCCUGAGAAAGGCCAAGAAGGAGGCACCCCCCAUGGAAAAGCCAGAGGUGGUGAAGACACACCUUCGAGACAUGAUCAUCCUGCCAGAGAUGGUGGGGAGUAUGGUAGGCGUCUAUAACGGCAAGACCUUCAAUCAGGUGGAAAUUAAGCCCGAGAUGAUUGGACACUACUUGGGAGAAUUCUCUAUCACCUAUAAGCCUGUGAAACAUGGUCGGCCGGGUAUUGGAGCUACCCACUCCUCUCGCUUCAUCCCUCUCAAGUAACCCAGAUCCUAACAAUAAAAACAAGAAGUUCUUA